GACACCGGGGUGGUGGGUUGGGGUGUGUGAGUGUGUGUGUGUCCAGGGCUCGUGUUUGCGGGGUGUCUGUGGAGUUGGGACGCAAAGUCGCCACGGAGGUGGGCACUUAGGGACCCUUCUUCGGGACCUCCUAGCCCUGUUUCCUGACACCUCUGAUCUGGUUGUCAGCAGCCCCAGCUGGAGAACCCCCGACCAGAAGUUUGCAGCUGUUCAACAUCUGGACAAGAGUUCUCCAGUCCCUCUCUCCAAUGUCAGGCUGAACUGGGCUGGAAAUGGGGGUCUAAGGAAAGUUGGGGGGCUUUUGGAAGGGAGGGCCGAGGAGACUAAAGUUCAUUUAGUCUCACAACAUAGUGUCGGCUUCCUUCUUAUCAUAUUUGGGUCUCAUGGAGUUGAGGGAAAGGGACUGCCUCCCCCAGUGAUUCAGGCUGACCUCUUGAGGUCUCUCCCCAUGAAAUAGGGGCCCCUGGGUGUGGACACACCUGCAGCCAAUGACUGGGUUAUCACAGGUUUGUCCUUCUGAGUGGGGGGCUCUCUCUGCCUCCUCUCACGCUGCAUUGUUGACGGACUGGGGGAGGGUACAAUGGAUAGAUCCUGUGUUCCCCCUUUCCUGAACCUCCCUCUCACUUGAGGUCUUUUGGGAGGUGACACUAACCCACUCCUUCCUCCUACCCCUUCAAUGGGUCUCAGAAAUUUAGGGCCCAGCAAUUCAGGGGCCAGCCAGUACCAUGGGAAGUUUGCCAUCUGGGGUGGUGACCUUGGGCUGCUCUGGCCUCUAGAUAGGAGGGGAGCCUGGGCCAGCACGAGAUUGGGUGUUUUGUGGUUAGGGAGCUGUCCACUUCUCGCUAUCCUCCAAACUCCCAGUAGAGAGGUCUCAGUAGGCAAGGAGAGCAUUGAAAAGGCCCAUGUCAGUGUUCACAGAUGUCCAUCCCCCUGCGGCCUCUGGGUCACAAACGCCCCAGGACUUAUAGCCUGGCUCUCCCAGCUCCCACGGCCUGCCUGGGAAUGAAUUUCCUUCCUGUGGUUUCUCAGUGUGUUGGGCAGAAGAUGGGGGGUGGGGUGGGAUUAGCAUGGAGGUGCCUGAGGACCUGCUUAUGCGGGGUAAUUGGGGAACGCUGGAUGGGUUUGGGAACAUAUGCGUCGCUCUUCUUCCUUGCCUCAGCACAGGCACUUGGGCUCUCAGGGACUCAGUGGUCGUAUUCUCUUUGUUGUAAUCCCUCUGCCCUCCAACACAUGGGUGUGUGUGUGUGUGUGUGUGUGUGUGUGCGUGUGCGUGUGCAUUUAUAAGGGGAGCGGUCUCUGGUUACUCUGAGGAAGGGAGGAGUUGUCACUCAAAUUCCUUUAGAGACCCAGAGAUGAUGAACUUUUUACCUGACAUCACACAGCAAAUCUGUGUCAGCGCAUUAGUUUAUCUGCUCUUUCAGGCACAGCUUCAUAUGGGACAGACACCAGGGAGGAAGACAUGCAAUCUGUGCUCUUGGAGGGCCUAGUCUGAGGGGAGAAGAAGGACCCAGUCAGAGAGUGUCAUAAUCCUUACGGUGGAGGAUUGGUGUGGGAGUUGGGCUAGAGCUUCUGUCUCCUGUACCGUCUGCCUGGAACAGAGUCGUGGAGGACUUGGAAGGGGUGGCAGGUGCUGGCCAUUGGCCACCCUACUGUGCGCCUGGCGCCCCUGGGCUGAAGGGGCUCGGGCUUCCCGGCUUUGUCUCUCUUGGCUCCUGGCUCUUCUCAUAGGCCAGGAGAUAUGAUAGUCUUCCUGGCUGCUGUUAUAUAAUCUCUCUCCAGCAGGGUUUUUUUUUGUUUUGUUUUGUUAAAUCUUCUUUGGGUCUUUCCUGGGAGGUGUGAAGGGAGGAGAAGGUGGAAGGGAGACUCUCCAGGUUAGGGGCAGGAAGAAUAGCAGCAAGGAGGCUGGGGGAGGCCUCCUGGUCCUGAGGGAAUAAGAGGAGAAGGCCUUGGGGUUAGACCCUCAUUGAUUUUGGUGCAGCCCCUCUCACCCUCCUCCUCUGACUCUCCCCUGGAAAGGUCCCUUAGUGGUGUGGUAGGAGGGGAACCCUGGCCCUAGUACCCAGAGAGGCCUGGUCCUCUGUGCAUCCUAUCACCUCUCUCCUGCUGGUUAACUUGGCCUCCUGUCCUUCCUCAUUGGUAUGGUACUGGGUCUAGAAUCUCAGUGGUUACUCUGGCCUGCUGCAGGCCCUGUAGUAGGUGUUUUGUUACUCACCUCUCUACCUCCAUGGGGGUAAGGGGAAUCCAGGGACAAAUAAGUGGGUUCAACAUUUUCCUGGUUGUAUUUGGAGCCAGGACCCUGCUUCUUUGAACUUCCAGUUCAGGGGCGUUGUGGCCUUACUAGAGAAGAGGAGGUAGGGAGGGAGGAACCUUUAGAAAAGUGGGUGGGCAAUAUAGGCCUAGACCUCAUGGACACAAAUCAUACAUAGUUGGUGUCCACCUGAGAUCUGAGUAGGUAGGAUCAGGCGUGGGCCCAGAACCAGCCAUCGAGGAUAAGAUUCUGGGUCUGGCCUUGGCCUGUCAUCUUGGGCACCAUGGUGGUGGAUUCUCCCCACCCCCUUGGACCAUGGCUGGGACUCUCCAGGCUCUCUUAGGCCAACUGGUUUGAUGCAAUUAUCUUCCUUUUACAAGGGAAGGAGGGGACGUUGGUGGGGCCAGCACAGCCUCGGCAUCACUGUAAUCGCCGGUGGCUUUUAUGAGCCAGUCCUGUGGCCGGAGUCUGGUCAACUGUCUGUCCAUCUGUCCCAGGUUGGUGACUUACUCAUGUGGGGAGGGGGAGGUAUUAGGUGCUAGGAGCUAUGUUCUGGAGGCUGGAUGCCUGUUAGUAUUGUGAUUGAUGUCAUUCUGUCUAUCCACGAUUGCAGCAGAUAGGAUGGAGCUUACACUAGAGGAAGAACUUCCCAGUGGGGCUAGGUGGGGGAAAGAGAGAUGAUUCUAACUUGGUUUGGGCACAGAGGGGAUCUCAGAGCCCUUUCUUCUCCAGUGGCUCUUGGUAGCUCUGCUGAAAGACCUUGACCUUUGGUCUAGUGGGAAUGGUGCUCUUCGGCUCCUGGAAUAUUUAUAUUCUCUUCUGUCCCCUUGCCUGCAGCUGAAAGUAUUGUGAGGAGAGUUUCUCCAGGAGUUGUCGUCGGGUGAGCCUUUGGGCCCCUUUUCCCCCAGCAGGGGCCUUGUGCAGACUGACAUGCCCAGAUGCGCCUGGCAGGUCUGCAGCAUUUAGUGGCACACAUGCAUGAAGGUGUGCAAUGCAUACACUCGGGUGUGUAGACACCCACGGAGCAGCUGCCGCCCUGUGGGGGCGGGGGUAGCAAAUGGCAAAGAUGAUUAAAGGAUUGGAGUGGGGAUGGGGUGGGGGACUGGAGGCAAGAAGGCGAAGGGCAUGGCAAGAACUCUGAAGAGAGAAGGGUUGAUUGCAGCAGGAGGGGUUGAGGUUAGACCACAGAUGGACAGAUGGAGCCCUGUCUGUGAGGUAAAGAACAUGGCUUGUGAGUCAGGAGCCCUAGUUGACUUCCAUCCCUGCCCUUUGUGCCCCUCCUCCUCCAUCUAUCCCUCGCUGUGGCUUGGCCCAGCCUGGCUGUGUCCCUCACACUGACAGUUGUGUCCUUGCAUAAGUCGCUGCUCGUGGGACCUCAGCUUUCCAGGUGUACAGGAGUUCACCCAGUCUCUCAGUGAGCCAAACGUCUGGGUGUUUCGGUGGUUUGUGGCUGGUCUCUGUUGUCUUCCCCACUCAUCCUGAUGAGCACAGCCACUCAGGUAUCAAGGCUGCAUCUGAGCCCUCAGGCAUUUUGGGGCCUGCCCUAGAUGACCCUCAAGGCCCUGCAUCUGAGUUUUUGCCUUUUCCUGAGGCCUAGGCCACAACUUCCCCUUCCUGGGAGUCAAGCUGUGCUUCUGGCCAGUGUGAGUAUUGGGGGAUACAUUCAGUGACUCUUCACAGGACCCUGGUAGCCUGGAUGAGGGGGUAAAGGGUGGGUACCUGCUGUCUCGUCUCUCUCCUAUCUCCUGUAAGGUGAGAGUGGAGCCUCUUAGAGGGGAGAGGAGGGAUUUGUCCCAGGCUCUGGUCUGUUGCAGACCACACCCAGGCGGGACCAUAUUUACUCAUUUAAACUCACCCUCCCAGGAGGCUCUGGGCUCUGGGCCUGGCCACUGACCUUGGCAUAGUGCCCCUGGCUGGGUGCUUUGGCCACUCCCCUAGGAGCUGGGCCGACCAGGAAAGCAUAUAGAGAAGGAGCUUUUUUUGCUCCCUGGUGAAGGGAGCUUUACCCUCAGGCACUAUCCUCCCCUCCCCACCCCCUACCUCACCACACAAAUAUUUUUUCAGUAUAUUUUAGAAAACAAAACUUAAAACUUUUUGAGAUCCUGGGGUAGGGGGUGGUUUAGAGCGGGUAGGGGUGUGGUGGUAUGUCUCAAAAAACUUCUAUUUAUUGUUUCCCUGUGUGCCAAGCUCUGUGCUGGGCAUGGUAACAUAUGAAGACCCAGUUAUUUCUCUCCACAACUGUGUUUUAUAGUUGGGGAAACAGAGUCUCAGAGAUUUACGUGACUUGCCCAAGCUUUCCCAGCUCGGAGGUGUUUUUGUCUGAGGUUAAGGAAGAGAUUAGAAGUCAGGCCCAGGGAAACCUGAGAGAAAGAUGACAUGUUGAAGCACUAACCAAGUGGGAUUCCCUAGCAGAAGGGUAGAGGAUUAAGGUUUGAUGGCAAGUUGAGGGGAGAUGUUGCUGUGAUUCCCUGAGAAGAUAAUGUCUUCGGCCGUGGGAGAAAGCUCACAAGGCAAGGGCAUGAGGUCAGGAACAAAAGACCCGCAGAGACCCCUCCUGAGUAAAAAAGUACCCACCAAUAAUCGCUUGAGCUGCCCUGUGGGAUGGAUGAGGAGAGAGGCUAGAUGGAGCAGGAAGGCCUGAGCCACGAGAGGCCUGGACUUGUCUGAAGGCAGAGGCAUGGCCGACUGGAGUCUUCCAGGCCCGGAAGUUGGGGACUCUGCCCUGGAAGGAAUGCGCUAUAACUCACAGGCAGAGGGAGGUUGUUCAAGGAAGCGCUUAGCUCAGCAACCAGCCCACCUCUGCCACUUAUUGCUGGCGACCUUGGGCAAGUCCCUGCCCAUCUCUGAAUUGGUUUCCAUAUCUUGAAAGGGAGAUGUUGCCACCUGCCUCACAUGGGAAUGGAAAGGAGUUCAGUGGGAAAAUGUGUGGUGCCCCACACAGAGUGGAUGCUCAGAAAGUCAUUUUGUCCUUCCUUUCAGACCCGUGGCCCCAGCCUGGCCCAGGGAACUGGUGUCCAGGAUAGGGAUCUUGGGAGGAAGGAGGGACUGAGGAAGCGCUGUGGGGCCCUCCAUCCAGACUUAGGGCUCAGUCUGAGCCUGGGAUGAGCUCGGGAAGUUGAGCCCAGCCCUGCCCUCCCUGACCAGCUGUCUUCUUGUCUCAGAACCUGCCCCCUCCACACUUCGCCCCACAAGUCUUACCAAAUCCCUCUGGCUGCAGCGCUUACUUAUGCAUCAUGAUUUCCCCUCCCCCACCCACCAGCAAAUACCUGGGCUUGAGAGUUGGAAGAGCCUCUUCUCCAUCACUUCUGUGGACUAAGACGUAAGAGAGAGCCCAUCCCCAAACCUCAAGGGAAACAGCACCAGGGAAGAGAGGGAAGGAGGAGUGAGUCUCUUCUUUUAGCGGGGUCUUCCCACCCUGGCUGGAUCAAGUAACGUGGAGGCAAGAGGGUGGCACAGAUGACUUCGAUAUUUUUUGCCUUCAGAGCAUGGCAAGUGUUGUGUGUUCCGUGAGUGGUGAUGGUUGGAGAUGUACCGUGAUGAAGGGCUAAUCUGGAAGGGGCUGCUGCGGGCCUUCCCAGGCACCUCUCUGCCUGCCCUCUGCGCCUCUUUCCUCCAGCCCCCACAGCUGCCUGCCUCUAUGCUGACUUCCCCCAUGCCCCUGGCAGGCCUGUGGGGCCCAGGCUGGCUGGGUGGGGACAGGUGUCCUGGCCCAGCUGCUUUCUCUUGUCUCCCCCACCUGUCAGCCCAGGGGGUAGGGAACGGAGAGGGAGGGGAGAGGGAGGAACCCCUCAGCCCUGUCACCUGCUCCUGGGAAUGGGGCCCUGGUUUUAAAGUGUCACAGAGGGAUUAAGAGUAGACAGCAGGCAGGACUUCCAACUCAGAGGAAGGAUAGCCCCGAUCAUGGGAAUGGCAAGGAAAGCUUGGUAGGCAGGGGUCCUAGCUGGCAGGAAUCAGAGGGGCCUUGUAGUGUCUUUAUAAGAGGGUGAGAAGCUGGGUAUUGGUGAGGGGCACAAACCUGGGAGCAUAUAUUUACUUAGCCAUGUUCUGAUACUGCCCCUCGCCUGCCAGGGCUCCCCCUCCAUCUGACUGGGCAUCUUAGCCUCACCUGGCACCUUUCCUGAAAGCAGCAAGCUAAUCCUGUAAAAGCUGCCUGGUUGGCCGCCUCAGCAGACCCACACGACCGCACUGCCCGUCCUCCCCUGCCAGGGGCUUAGAGGACUGUCCUUUUGAGUCAGAAGGAGAUCUAGCCGCUGCCCUGAGCGGCCCCUUUAAAUCCUCGGUGGCUUCCCGAGAUCAUGAUGUCUCUAGGGGGAUUUGCUUUCCCUGAUUGGUUUGGCCUCCUUUGGUCCACUGUCAUAAUUUUAGGUAGACACUUUACAUUCUGACCCUCUACCAUCUCUUAGAUUUGGUGCUGUCCACUCUGAGGGCCCAGGCCUCAGGCCCCUUCUCCUCUCUCCUUGCCUUCACAUUUCAGCAUCUGCUUCAGCCAGGGCAGCCCUGCGUCUGUUCUCUGGAUGAGAAGAAAGAAUCUUGCUGCUUAAAACCAGGAACAAACCACUACUGUAGAAGAGAGUGCCCUUCUGGGAUCAUCCACUGCCUGUUUCUCUCAAUUCAUUCCUUUUCAGCCUGUGCUUCCUUUGGCCAGGGGCCCACACCCCAUCGUUACCCCAUACCCUCAUUUCCAUGGGAAGUCCCUCCCCUGGACUAACCAUCAGCCUACCCGCUGCAAUGGCACGUGGCCCAGACCCAGCACUGUGGCAUUAUGCUCACCCCAACGGCUCUCAAGCUGACCCGCCCCCAAGGCCCCAGCUGCCACUUUCACUUCUGUCUCCUGAGACCCCAGAGGGAAGUUGGGUGGGGAGGUGGAAGGUGACAUACCAACCGUCCCAACCGCCCCACCUCUCCUCAGCAGAGGCUUCUGAUGGCCAAGGGCCCCUGUCCACCACUCUCAUGUAGAUGACUGAAACAGGCUUAGGUUGCAGUAGAAGGGUGGGCUACAGUGGGAGGGAUGGUGGUUAGAUAGCAGGAAGGACUUCCCAGGAUAGGAGACCACUGCUGGGCUUCACUGUCUCAGAGGGUAUGUCUGGAAAUGUAGAUACUAGGACUGGACAAAUGGAGGUCAGACUUCAAGGGAGGCAGGGGACUGGUUAUCUGCCAGCUCCCAUUGGUUGGAGUGUAAUGCCAGAGCCAUGCCCCCCCGCCCCAAAUGUCACCAGUUGCCCAUGCUUUGUUAGGUGCCUUCUGACAGAGCGAGUUUAAGCCCCAGAGACUACUCUGAGUCCAGGGACUCAGCCCUGGGAAGUCCUUUCUGUAGUCUUCACCUGUCUUGCCUGCUGUACUAGGCCAUUUCCCCUCAUUCUGCAUUUUUGAGGGUGGGUUUUGGAAGUGGGAAUAGAGGCAGAAGUAAAGGACAGCCCACCCCCAUUCUCCUGCUGCUCCAACCUUGGCACUCAGGUGGAGAAUGGAACUCUUCUCCUGCGGAGCCCCCAGACAGUAAGAUGGCCACAAUUGUCCACCUGCCUCCAGCAUUCCUGCCCCUUGGGAACUUGUUCAAGAGUAGAGGACCCUGUCAGAUUGAGCACUGUAUACAGUACCUCUGGGCGUGUUUAUUAAUUCAAGAAGGUUUUCUGGAGAAGGGUGGGCUGGGUGCUAAGAACCCCACUUGGGGUCCCUAAGUACCCAGGGAUGCUGGGUGGGGGAGGCAUAGUCCUGGAAUGGGAAGUUGAGCCUGAAGGAAUAAGGUCAGAGACACUAUGCAAAUCCCCAUGCAAAUGAGUGGCAAUGAGUCAUUGCUGCUCAGCCUAUUGGGGUGGAGUGUGAAGUGAGGCUCAGGCGUGGGUUCCAGAACUGACCCUGCCAAGGAACAUGAUGGUGACCUUGGGCCAGUCACUGCCUAGUUACCAGGAGAAGAUGGCCCCAAGCCCUGGGUCUGAUAGGCAUUUCACGUGUGCAAGGGGUUUGGGGUGGCUGAACCCUUGCCCUGAGGACCUCCUGUGCCCCACCUGGCACCUGCCCUGGCUGACUGUGAAAGCACUCCCUCUCCCCACUCCUGCUCUCUCCUUGCCUCCACAUUGCCCCUUUCCCCCAGCUGGAGGCAGAUGGGCCCAAUGAGACCAACUCUUCUGUAACCUCUCUGUGGAAUCUUGGGCCUUUCCAAAGAGCACAGGAAUAGAGUAUCUGGGCUGGAAGGGCAUUUGGGUGCUUAGUCUACUCAUUUUCUCGACCUCUCCCUGCCCGCCCCCCCCCGCCCCGCCCAUUUUAAAGGCCAUGGAAUGAAGCCUGGAGGAGGCAGUGACUUGUUCAGGGUCACUCACAUAGUGAGUUAGAUAGAGCCAGAGCAGGGACUAGAACCCAGGCAUCCAGAAUCCCAGCCUAAAACAAAAAAAAAGUUGCUAUCGAGUUGAUUCCGAUUUUUAGCAGCCCCAUAAGACAGGGUAGAACUGCCCCAUAGAGUUUCCGAGGAGCACUUUGGUGGAUUCAAACUGCCGACAUUUUAGUUAGCAGACGCAGCUCUUAACCACUGUGCCACAAGGGUUUCUAGAGCCCCUGUAUUUCCCUGGGCUGUUCAUUGCCCUGCCUCAUCUGCCCUUUUCUUACUAGGAUUCAAUCUCAUUGCCCCCAAAUACUUCCUAAAAACAGGCUGGGUGGCUCCAGGAACAUGAGGGGAGUGCCUAGGAGCCAGCCCACAAGCUGUCAGGGGAGGGCCAGAGCUUGGGUAGGAGCUGCUGGGACCUGGGGAGGAGGUCUGCGGGCUCCAUAGGGAGCCAUACAGCCCAUAGCUGCUACAGGAAGGAUGAGCGCUAGACUACAGGAAGGACAAGCUAGGGUGGGGAAGCAGUAGAGGAGGCUCAGGAGACAGCCCCCCACCCUCAAGGCAUCUCCUGGGUAGAGAACAGGAUGAUUCCAUCCCAGGAGGUUUGCCAGGGAAGAGAGGGUGGGAAGCCUAGGGUGGGGCACAGGAGAGUUGUCCAGCGGAAGCUGUGGGGAGGGCUCCCAGCCCUGCCUCCCAUACCGGCUUCUCCCCUUGGCAAGUUGGUUCCUGUCCCUUAAGCUGUGUCCGCUGUGUCCACCCCCCACUUGCAGUUCCUAGGGCCCCUGGGACCUGAGACCACCCCCGCCCCAGCCCCAGCCUUCCUGAACUGGCCCUCCCCUCCCCCGCAGGCUGGCCAGCCCGCCCCCAGGUCCCCUGUCGGUGAGUUAAAAUUAGCUCAGUGCCCAGGCUAAAAAUAGCCCCUGCCCAGCCCUGAGGCUGCUGGGGCUGGGGGAGGGGAGUCCCUGAGGAAGGGGGAGAUGGUGGGAACCAGGGGUUUGAGUAGUAAGCCUGCUAGAUACAGCCUUGAAGGGAGGAGGCUUAGGGCUGGGGACCCUAGAGGAACCCUGGGGUGAAAGGAGAGAGGCUGCCAUGUGGGAAGAGGGCAGGAGGAGCCGAGGGACGGGAGGGAAUGGAGGGUAAGCGGGAGGCCAGAGAGAGGCCAAGGGGCGCUGGGAGGCAGAGACAAUGUGAGCCCCAGGCACUGCCUUUGUUUAUUAGACUUUGGAGGAGAAAUGCCCACUUUGGGGCUAGUGCAGUGUUGGGGAGAAAAGGCUCCACGUGUGUGCUCCAGGGGCUGUGAACCAUUGAAACAUGCCCCCAGUCCGCCUUGCCUGGGCCCCAUCUCUUUGUGUUUGUGGGAAGUCGUUGGUUCGUCUUUCCACUCCAUCCUCCAGAGCUCCUCUGCAGUGUCUCUGCUUUAGAGGGAAGAGGUUCCAGGGCUGAGGUUCAGAGAAUGACUAGGAAGUCUGGAAGCCCUUGGCAGGGGCGGGAGCUGGGAAGGGAGGCAGUGCCCAGGAGCUUGAGAGGGCCCCUGGCUGAGAACCUGGACCUCAGCAGAGUUGGGCAGCCCUGGUCCUAGGCCCUCAUCUCUGCCCACUCUGAACAGAGCCUCAAGAGCCUGGAUGGUCCUUUCUGGGCCCUGUCUGGCCCUGCUCCAGGUCCCAGAGAGCCCCUGUGACACUCCCUGCCCUGGGUGGGACCUGCCCCUCCCUUGUCUGUCACUUGGCUGCACUGCAAGUUCUGAGACGGCAGGGAUGGUAUCCUUUCAAGUUAUGCCCCCAGCGCCCAGCCCUCCAGUCAGAAUUCUGCAAGCAGUUGUUGAACCUGCCCCUUGUUCUUCCCCUGCUUCUCUGAGUCUUUGUCUGGUCUCCUGCCUCUCUCCUCUGGCCACCUCCUGGUCUGUCUCCAUCACUGUCUCUGUCCCACACACUGCUCUCCUCUUGGACUCGGUCUCCUUUCCUGCGUUUGUAUGUCUGUCCCCCUCUGCCAUCCCCCUCUGUGUGUCUGCCUCACCCACGCCUCCUCAUUCGUUAGUGAGCAGGCUGCUUGAGGCCGCCUGACUGUGGGGGUGACAGGUGGAUUGGAUUGUCACCCCCCUCCCCCAGCGCCUGCUGCUUAUUUCAUGCCCUGCAGCCCAGCCACGGGGAAGGGGCGGGAGGAGGGAUGACAGCUGUCUCCAGCGCCUCCUGCCUUCCCCUUCAGUCCACAGCCUGCAGCCCUGAGCAGCCUGGGAGGAAGGGAUGAAGGCCCCGCUUAAUGAGAACACCCUCUCUUCACUGUGUGGAAGAGCAGGAUUGAGGCCCAUUGCUCUGUGACAGAGGAGUCCUGGUGGUGCAGUGGUUAAGUGCUCAGUCAGUGGUUCGAACCCAUCAGCCCCUCUGUGGGAGAAAGAUGUGGCAGUCUGCUUCCAUAAAGAUUACAGCCUUGGAAACUCUAUGGGGCAGUUCUGCUCUGUCCUGUAGGGUCGCUAUGAGUUGGCAUCGACUGGACAGUGACAGGUUUGGUUUUGGGGUUUGCUCUGUGACAUGGGGCCACACACUCAGUGUCUGGGCAUCUGCUCUGUUUUGACCUGCGCUGAUGUGGGAGUUCGGGAAAUAGAUGCCCUGUGGUUCCUCUGAGCCUCUGGGCCACACGGACAGAGAGCAUAUGUGGGUGUAAGGGUGUAGGGGAGAAGGAGAGGCAGGUACUCCCCUGAUAACAGGGGGAGAGAAAGGGGUGGAGGCCAGCCACUGGAAAGAACUUCUGCAGCUCCCCAGGAAGGGCAGACCUGCUCAGCCCUGUUGCAACUGCCGCUCCAGGGAGGCUGCCCCUACCGACCCCCUUGCCCCCCCAGCUGGCCCCAGGACACCCUCACACAGGAACUGAGAUAGCAUCAUUCUGAAACCCGAGAAUGGUUUGAAUAUUGCUCAGGUACCAAGAGGUGUUACUUUGGGGGGAGGCCAGGGCCUGUUUCUUCCUCCAUACCACCUCCAAACCAAGACCCCCUUUAGGAUACAUUUGGAUGUUAUCUGCUUCUAAUUUGCAUGUAAAUACAACUCUAAGGUUCCUACUGAGUUAGUAGCUGAGCUUGGAAAAAUGUGUGUCUUAGAGUCCUUUUGGAGUCCCUGGGUCGUGCAAAUGGUUAAACCACUUAGCUGCUGACCAAAAAGGCGGAGGUUCAAGGACACCCAGAAGGGCCUUGGGAGAAAGUCUUGGUGAUCUACUGCCCCAAAAUCAGCCAUUGGAAAACCCUGUGGAGCACAGUUCUACUUUGACACGUAUAGUGUUGCCUUGAAUCGGAGUUGACUUGAUGACAACUUUUUUUUUUUUUUUAACUGAUUUAGUGUUCCUUCGGGACCUCCCAGUCUCUGGUCCCCUCAGCCCCUCCUCCUGCCCUAUAUCCUCCCUAUUUUCCAUUUUUGGAGGCUUUUCUGCAGCCACCCAUCUCCACAGAGGAUGGGUCUAUGCCCGCCUUCCUGGGGUCUGGCCCAGCUGCCUGCCUUCCCUCCUUGCUCCUUUCUCUAUCAGAGAAAGCCCUACCUUUGCCCCCUCCACAGCCUGCAGGAAGUCCACCCUGCCCAGCCCUGCCCUGCCAGCCUUGCCCAGGAGUGAGUGAGUCAGGAACAGCCGUAGCCUUUGAGGGAAGGCCAUCCUGGUGGACUCCCUGUCUCCAUGGCAGUCUGAUGCCCUCCUAAACCCUGGUUCCAGAUAGCAGGCAUAGUGCAGAAGAGAGAGCUAGAAGAGGAGUAACCAAGGGCCAGGUCAUCUGGGAAGGCAUCCUAGAGAAGAAGCAGACUGGGAAGGAAAAGAAGAAUGGGCCAGGCCAGGCAGGAGAGGGGAGGCUCACAUCUGGAGAACAGAUGCCCAGGCCUCUGGUUCCUGGCAGUUGGUGGGGUAAUUAGGGAGAGGGCUUAUUAAGGAGGUCCAGGUGUUCAUUAAAGUCUCCCUAAUUGGAUAGGAGGAAAGCUUGGGCAGGCAGGCCUCCACAGCUCGGAAGGGGUCAGUUUGGGGUCCUUGGUGCCGACCCAGGCCCCAGCCACCCUUUCCUUCAGAGACAAGGUUGAGUUCAUGUUCCUGCACCAGAGCUUGCAACAAUGUGCAAUGGAGAGCAGAGGGGGAAAGGCGUUACUUACAGACUGAGCCUGCUUUGCCGGAGGGCUUGUGGUUAGAUAAGAGGAAGGACUGCCCAGGGCAGGGGCAUCUCCUUCUCUGGCAGUCUUGGCACAGGGGUGGGAGCAGCAGUGGGGAAGGGGCCCUGGGAAGUGUGGGAUUAUAAAAAGUGCUUUGGGCUACCUUGACAGGGAGUGGAGAUAGAUGGGGCCUGGUCUCUUUAACCCUGACUUUGUUCUUUAAGAGGAUGCUUAGUGGGCCUCUGUGGCUUCCCUGCCUUCUCAUCCCUGAUCCCUCUCGCUUCCUAGCUCCCCCAGCAUGAGGCGGGGGUGGGGGGGGGCGGUGUAGGAGAUCAGCUAGGGAGCUUGUUGCCAGGAGACAGUUGCCUGAGCAACCCCAUCCUCUCUAUCUCCAUGUGCUCAGGGCUGCUCCUUAGAAGACUUUAGAGUCUCACCCUCUGCACCAGCCAACCUGAGAGGGGGGAGGGUUGAAGACUGGGGUGGCAGAGGUGGUUGGAGGGUGUCCAGACAGACAAACUUCAGGGGCAGCUGGGAGAGGAAGGGUUCUACCUCCACAGGGGAUAGAGUGAGAGCAGCUGGUACUGCAGCAGGACUGAUGAAGGGUAGACUGUAAGAGGGACUUCCCACAGGGUCACAACACUAAAACAGAUGUUUCCUGAGCUCUUUCUUGCAGACGAUAGAGUGGUGAAAAAGACAGAUGUGGUUCCUGCCCUCAUGAAACUUCAGCCUCCUAGGGGGAGUCCGGCAUUAAACAGAAGCACAGAAUUGUAAUUAUUCGCAGUUGUAGGAAGUGCCAGAAAGAAAAGAACAGGGUACUCUGAGAGUAAAUAAUUGGGGGAACCAAAGACAGGAGGUUAGACUGCAGGAGUAACUUUUCUGAGGGUCAUGAGAGCAAAGAGAGGGCACUCCCCCAACUUGGAGAAAGAGACAUUGUUGGCCAUAAGCUGAUAGAGGUUAGAUCUCAGCAAGAGUUUGCUUAUGAACAAAGGGCUGCAAGAGACAGAUAGUAAAAUUGGAGAGGAAGGGAAGGUAGGUGCUGUAAGCCAAGAGGAGCGCAGUAGAUACUGCAUUCAUCAGUCUAGAUUGGGGUUUCAAGGCCAGGCCAGAGAAUCCCAUUUAAAAAGCCAACUCAGCCACCCCGCUUGUCCCCCAUGUGCCACCCUUUCCUACCAGGCCCACAACAUUGUAGCUCUAGAAAAUACUGCCUUUGAAUUACACUGGAAGCAGGAGAGCAGAAAUCCACAGACCCCUUUGCAGUUGGGGUUUAGCAGAGAUUGGAGUCGCAGGCAAGACAUGGUGUGGCUGGAGCUGGUCUGGGCCCAGAUGCCUGGUGGGCAACCCAGGACUGGCUGAACUGGUAUUGGUGUCUUCCCAGGGUGUGCGUGAGGCAGACUGUAGGAGGCCCAGGGCCCAUAGAGCACCUUGGGAACAAGGAAAACAGGAAAAGGGUGCUUGGAUGCCUCUCUGGGGAGAAAAUUGAGAGGGGCGCAGGUUAGAAUGUGAAAAAGAAGGCUCUUUCUAGGAGUAGGGGUGGGCAGCAAUGUUUCCUGUGGACAUCUGCACGGAGCAGAAGCUUUCUUUCCAACUGGACUGGGGAAAGCCUGAGGGAUGGUCUUGGUAAAGGGAAAGGGUGUGUAUGUGAGGGGAUGUUCCUGGCUCUCCCGAGCCCACGGAUUCCCUGCCUCUCCCUCCCCUACCCCCAUGGCCCAGACACCAAGGCUGAAUUUUUGCAUCCACUGUGGUACCUUGGGGGACGCAUUGAGUGGGGCUGGAAAGGCUCCAGGGAAACUGAGCAGCCCUUGCGAAUGGGAACUGGGGGCAGGUUCCUACUUAGAGGUGGCUCUCUUGUCUGUCAUCAAAUAUUCCAAUGACGUCGCUGUCCAUGUUGGUAGGGGGGUUUCAGACAGAGGCUGGGGUCCUACUUCCUGGACUCUGUAGCAGAAUCUGAAUGGGGGCAGGGGCUCUGUGGAGGGGGAGCUCCAGAGAGGAGGGCUGGACUUCUGUGGCCUAGGCUCGUCCCAGGACCCAACCAAAGAGGCUUUAGAAGGCAUGGGCCCCAUGUUCACUGCCCUCCUCCAGCAUCUCCCGGAAAGCUUCAUCUCUGAUGCAAGGACUUCUGAAAUCUCAGGGCUGCAGGGGCCCUGCGGUCAUCUGGUGCCUCCAUCCUGCCCUGGGCCUCUCCAGCCCCGAGUACUCACCCAGUCUGUGUGGGCACUGCCCACACCUGGGAUCAUGCAACCUUUUCUGGCCCAGGCUGGGCUGCCAUCUUCAUGCCCCCUCCCAUCUGUGGUACCUCCUGGAGUGGUGCGUGCGGGGGCCCUCUUCCCAUCCUGGCUCUGGAAUCUGAGCCGUUCACCCAGUGGCCAUGAGUGGGUUACAGGUGUGCUAACAUGGGUUCCCUCCUGGUGUCUGCACCCUCCUGGCUGCCAACAGCCUCCUCAGUGUAUAUCAGCCGGCCCUAAACAUUUCUCUGUGCUUCAGGGUGAACAAGGCUGGGAAACACUACCAUUAGACUGAGCUUAACGUUCUAGACUUGGAGCCCAUUUCUCUAGAGCAGGAGUCGGCAAACUAUGGCCCCAGAGCCAAAGCUGGCUCUUGCCCCUUUUUGUAAAUAUAGUUUUGUUGGAACGCAGACUCAUAUACUUACAUAUUAUCUAUAGCUGCUUUCACGUUUACAGCGGCAGAUUUAACUAAUUACCGCAGAGGCUAUAUGGCCUGCAAAGCCUGAAAUGUUUAUUAUAUAACCCUUUGUAGAAAAAAAAUAGGCCUGCCACUGAUCUAAAGGGGUGGGUUGGCUGGUUAUUUGUUUAUUUAUUUAAAGCGGUAGAACUCAUCUUUCAGACAGAAAGUUUAGGCGGAGGGACACUGAAUUCAGCAGACUGGCAUAGAGUUCUGGCCGAAGUAGGGUAGGAGCUCCCCAGGCCUGGGUCCCACUGUGGAACCUCAGGCCCCAGGGUUUCAUGAGUGAGACCUGAAGACCAUUGCUCAACCUGCUCUGAUAUGUUCUUGAACCAGAGGUGCCAGAGACACUCACAUCCUGGCAGCAGGCUCUAGAAUGGGAACCACCGUUCUAUGCCGGAGGGGCAGCUGGGCAACCCAGGUGUCUCCACACCAGUCUGGAUCUGGGGAGAAGAUGAGGGGGUUCUCUAAGACCCAGACCCUUAGGGAGCUCCACGCACUCUGGCCUGGAACCUGAGAGGCAGAAGUGACAGUGGAAAGAGCCUGGCCCAGUCCUAAGCCCAGAGUGAGAAUGUUAGCCUGUGCUUGGCUGUGGCAGGCCAUCACCUCAGAUAGCUGCCGUUUCCUCAUUUUGGGAAUGGGGUUCAGACACUGCCAGCCCUUCACAGGGGUACUGUGAGGCUGGCCUGGGUGCACAGGGAACAGGGCUGGGGGUUGUGGGAGCUGAUAGUCCUCUCGUGACCCUCCCCUCCCAGGAGGCUGUCCAGAAGGUGUGCUGCAGACCAUGAACUGAGCACUGGUCCCAGACCUUUCAUGAUCACAGUGUAAGGUGUGCCGAGAUCCACUACCCUCAAGCCCCUCCCCUCCCUAGCACUGAAGACCCUCAGAGAAGAUGGGGAGGAAAAAGAUUCAGAUCCAGCGAAUCACCGAUGAGCGGAACCGACAGGUGACAUUCACCAAACGGAAGUUCGGGCUGAUGAAGAAGGCGUACGAGCUGAGCGUUCUGUGUGACUGUGAGAUCGCACUCAUCAUCUUCAACCACUCCAACAAGCUGUUCCAGUAUGCCAGCACCGACAUGGACAAGGUGCUGCUCAAGUACACGGAGUACAAUGAGCCUCACGAGAGCCGCACCAACGCUGACAUCAUCGAGACCCUGAGGAAGAAGGGCUUCAACGGCUGCGACAGCCCGGAGCCCGACGGGGAGGACUCGCUGGAGCAGAGCCCCCUGCUGGAGGACAAGUACCGGCGCGCCAGCGAGGAGCUCGACGGGCUCUUCCGGCGCUAUGGGUCAGCUGUUCCAGCCCCAAACUUUGCCAUGCCUGUUACGGUGCCCGUGUCCAAUCAGAGCUCACUUCAGUUCAGCAAUCCCAGCAGCUCCCUGGUCACCCCUUCCCUGGUGACGUCAUCCCUCACGGACCCUCGGCUCCUAUCCCCCCAGCAGCCAGCACUGCAGAGGAACAGUGUGUCUCCCGGCCUGCCCCAGCGGCCAGCCAGUGCAGGGGCCAUGCUGGGGGGAGACCUCAGCAGUGCUAAUGGAGCCUGUCCCAGCCCUGUUGGAAAUGGCUAUGUGAGUGCACGGGCUUCCCCUGGCCUCCUUCCGGUGGCCAAUGGCAACAGCCUCAACAAAGUCAUCCCUGCCAAGUCUCCGCCCCCACCCACCCACAGCGCCCAGCUCGGAGCCCCCAGCCGCAAGCCCGACCUUCGGGUCAUCACUUCCCAGGGAGGAAAGGGGUUAAUGCAUCACUUGAACAAUGCCCAGCGCCUUGGGGUCUCCCAGUCUACCCACUCACUCACCACCCCAGUGGUUUCCGUGGCAACACCAAGUUUACUCAGCCAGGGCCUCCCCUUCUCUUCCAUGCCCACUGCCUACAACACAGACUACCAGUUGACCAGUGCAGAGCUGUCCUCCUUACCAGCCUUCAGUUCACCUGGGGGGCUGUCGCUAGGCAACGUCACUGCCUGGCAACAGCCACAACAGCCCCAGCAGCCUCCACAGCCACAGCCUCCACAGCCACAGCCACAGCCUCAGCAGCCGCAGCAGCCGCAGCCACCGCAGCAGCCGCCUCAGCAACAGCCCCACCUCGUCCCCGUGUCUCUCGGCAACCUGAUCCCGGGCAGCCCACUGCCCCACGUGGGUGCUGCCCUCACAGUCACCACCCACCCCCACAUCAGCAUCAAGUCAGAACCCGUGUCGCCAAGCCGCGAGCGCAGCCCUGCGCCUCCCCCUCCAGCUGUGUUCCCGGCUGCCCGCGCUGAGCCUGGUGAUGGUCUCAGCAGCCCGGCCGGGGGCUCCUAUGAGACGGGAGACCGGGAUGACGGACGGGGAGACUUCGGGCCCACACUGGGCCUGCUGCGCCCGGCCCCAGAGCAGGAGGCUGAGGGCUCAGCUGUGAAGAGGAUGCGGCUCGAUACCUGGACAUUAAAGUGACGAUUCCCACUCCCCUCCUCUCAGCCUCCCUGAUGAAGAGUUGACAAUCUCACCGCCCACCCCUCCCUGUCCUGGGCUCCUCCCGCUCGACCCCACUUCCUUUCUUGUGCUCCGUGUCCUGUUGAUGGUUACAUUUGUGUAUAAUUAUUAUUAUAUUAUUAUUAUUAUUAUUAUAUUUUUUUUUCAAUUUGGACUCUCGCUUUGGAGAGGGGGAUGCUUCCAUCCCCUCUUUCUACACCCCCCACCAUUUUCACUGGCUGGGGGGGGGUCUCUUUUUUGCAGGAAGGGGGGGACACUUUGCACGUUGUACACAUAUGCUGCAGGAAGGGGUGGGGACCCUGACAGGCCUUGGGAAAGGACAGGUGCCGAGCCCCGCAAGCGGAGCCCUCCCACCCCCUCCCCCAGAGAGAGGGAAAUAACCAAAAAAACUACCAAACAACAACAAAAAACCCAUACAAUAGACUGAAACCCCAAAGUUAACUCGAUGGGUGGGUUUGUGUUUCAGGGGGAAAGGGAGGCAGAGGUUCUGAAAUCAGAGGCUCUGCUUCUGGGCUGUUCGCAUGGCCACUGGCACAUGGGGCAGAAUGCCCCAGCCUGGCCCCCGAAGUGCCCCUGCACACCCACAGGACACUCACUGAUUCUCCUGUCAGCUGUACCCCCUAGGUGUGCGGGUGCUGGCUGAGAGGACUGCCAGGGAAUCAGAGGCUGGAGGGAGGGGCCUGGGGUGGGGACCCCUCUCGAAGCACAUUUGGAGAGAAAGACAAAGAGAGCCAUGAGGAGAGGGCUGAGGAGGGGCAGAAGGGCUGGGGCAAGGGGUGAACCGGGCCCCUGCCCUUCCCCGGCCUUUUCUCUAAAUAUACAGUGCAAUAGCUCCCCAUCCCUCAGUUGACACCAGCUCUGUAAGCUGGCCACAACCAGCAGGGAGACUGGGAGAGGAACUCCAGUGAGGUGGCUCAGCGAGAGUCAGCCUUGGGCUUCCCUGGGGGCCUGAGGACCAGAAGGGAGGUAGGCGCACCCCUAGAGCCCUUUCAUUCAGGGGCAGGUGUCAGUGAGGGGACUCCUUGCACGCACACAUACCCAGAGGAGUGGACACUGGGAUGGUCUGUGGGGGUGGGAGGGAGGGGCAGAUGAGCCUCCCUGACGCUCCUUGGUCCCUCUCCCUGGUCCCUCUCCCCAGCCCGUCCUCUCAGCUCCUCCACUCCUGACCCCACCUCCCUGCUCUUGGCGCCCUCAUUGUCUCGCUACCUCCUGUCCCACCACCCCCAGGCCGCAUCCCACCUUCCCUCUUGGCUACUGUAAUUGUAAAUAGCAACCUUUGGAAAAAAACGUUAGCAGUGUAACAGUCCAGGAAACUGUUUUUUUUUUUGUUGUUGUUGUAUUGAUAUGAAAUGAGAUUCUAUUUUUGUCAAAGUAUAUUGUAAUAAUAAUGACUCAAAUGGCCCGUACUGUACAGA